AUGGCUGCUUCACCACAUUUGCACUCCGAAAACCAACCAGUUCUUCGUUUCCGCAAAGUUUCUCAGUCAGCACGCGCUCCCACUCGCGGAUCCGAGCAAGCAGCUGGGUAUGAUCUCUACAGCGCUGAAGAUUGUGUUGUUAAAGCGAAGAGCCGCGCCCUUGUUAACACGGAUAUCCAGAUAGCCCUACCUUCUGGAUGCUACGGUCGCAUUGCUCCGCGGAGCGGGUUGGCGCUAAAGCAUGGUAUCGAUGUUGGUGCUGGGGUCGUUGACCAGGACUAUCGAGGCACCAUCGGUGUUGUCUUGUUCAAUUUUAGUGACGAGGAUUUUAAUGUAAAACAGGGCGACCGAAUAGCUCAAAUGAUUUGUGAACGUAUCUUCAUACCGACGCUGGAGGAGACCCAAAAUCUGGGCGAAACUGAACGUGGCUCCAGUGGGUAUGGUUCCACUGGUGUUUAG